GCUGUGUUGGGCCUUCUUAGAGAGCUCUAGAAAGAUCACCGGGGGAAGAUUUUUGGGCUCUUUCCGUCUUCCAGAGAAACCUCUUGAAUUCUCACGACUCACACAGUACUGCUAGAUUUCAGAUCAGUUUUCACGACGGACAAUUUCAAAUUUACAAAAUCAAAAUUGAGCAAUUCGGUUGCUCCAAAACCUCUGUCGAUGCUGUUACCUUAUCUUUCGAGCACCAUCGAAAGCUCGAGAGAGUUGCAAUGCGUCAGGACGAUGGAGAUCGUCGUGCAUAAACCAGUCGAUUUUCUCUGCGGCUCUAUCCCUGUUCUCGCCGAUAGCUCGUUUCCGACUUUCACUUCGGCUCUCCUCCCGUCUCAGGAAACAACAGUGAUUGUAUCGAGGUACCAGAUGAUUCCGAUAGAGACUGAUCUUACUCAGCCUCCUUUGCUUACGGAUUUUCCUGAGAAGGUCUUACCACUCGCCGCCGUCAAGACUAGGAUCACCGGAGGUAUUUCUAAGGAUGGUACACCUGCGUUUCAUCCUCACGUUGUUCAGCAAAACGGUCUUGCUGUUUUAAGGUUUCUUCAAUCAAAUUGCAAAGAAGAUCCUGGAGCUUACUGGCUCUACAAAAGUGCGGGUGAAGAUGUGAUUCAGCUCUUUGAUCUUUCCAUGAUUUCAAAGAAACAUUCUUCAAGCGACCACAACGACAGUGCAAGGCCAUUGCCAUCUUUGAUUCACAGUGGGAGAAGUGACUCAUUGUUCUCUUUAGGAAAUCUUCUUUAUCGUGUCAGGCAUAGGCUUUCUUUGUCAGUGGACCAAGUGUGCAAGGUUCCUAGAAAGUGUUUGAAUUUCUUGGAUGAGCCUGAUCAUCUGGUUGUUCGGGCAUAUGCACACGAGCAGUUUGCAAGGCUCAUUCUGAAUAAUGACGAGGAAGUUGAUUUGACUUUUGAGUCUAAUAAUGUGCAACGUGAAGUCAAAAUAACAGACCUAGAAGAGGAAUCACUUGAACUUGUUUCUCCUGGCCAAGAAAGUUCAGAUAGUCCAGACCCCCAUAACACUGUAAGCGCUGCUGUGAAUUCUAGCUCAGAUUCUAGUUUUGAUCUUGGUCCUGUAUGCCAAGCUCAAGCUCAAGCUCCUGUGCCUCUGCUUCAGGCUGGAACCAGACCCAUUUCAUCGAAACUAGCUGCAAUUCACCAUGUGUCUCAAGUGAUUAAGUCUCUUAGGUGCACACGGCAACUACAGUCUUCAGAAGAUGAGGGUUCAUUUAAUGAUAUAUUACCUUCUGUGGACUUUUCGAAAUGCACAUGUGGUCAUCUUGAUUGUAUUGAGGUCUGUGAUAUUCGAAAGUGGCUUCCAAUAUCUAAGUUAGACAGGAAGUUGUGGAAUCUUGUUCUUCUUCUUGGUGAAUCAUAUCUGUCUCUAGGGGAGGCUUACAAAGAGGAUGGACAGUUGCACCAAGAUUUGAAUACUGUGGAAUUGGCUUGCUCGAUUUAUGGAUCAAUGCCACAGAAGUAUGACGAGACUUUGUUUGUUUCUUCGAUAAACAAGUCUGAUUCAAUGCAGCCAAAAUCUUGUGCAACAACAACGCAAGUAGAAAAUUUAGAAGCAAAAUUAGACAUUGGUUUCAGGGAACUUUCAUCAACACUCCUCUUUUGGGCCAAAGGAUGGAUGUUGGUUGGUGAUAUACACGUUCAGUUCCACAUUCUUAAAGGUCAAGAGUUCUCCAAGAAACCAAAGGGGACAUCAACUAAUCAGCUAAGAAUGCCGUCUGAAGUAGUAAAGGAAGUACAGAGGCUCAAGAAGAAAUUAACCGAGUACAGUAAAAACUGUGCCUCAUGUUCAUUAGUAAAUUGCAGCUGUAAGAGUGACAGAGCAAGCAGUGGAAGCAGCGCAAGUAGCAGCAGCAGCAAUGGAAGUAGUGCUCGUAUUGUGCCUCAUAGUAGGAAGAACAGCAAAAAAUCACAGUCCAAGAAUGCAACCAAUAGGCUCUCACGAAAUGUUGAAGAUGAUCCUGUUAAUCUCACAGUUGAGAACAUAACCCAUAAAGAAGAAGAUACAUCAGUGGGAACAAAGGAAGCUGUCACGGAAGAAGAGCUCUGGGAUGAAGAAAUGGUUCAAAAGAUGGAAGCUCUUAAACUGCAUCCCGCUUUCAAAAAUGAAUACAAACAAGCUCUCGGGACUGGAAAACAAGAAUACAGUAAGUCACUUAAGUAUUACAUGGCAGCAAAGACAGAACUCAUUGUUGCCACUGCAGAAGCUAGUUCGGUUCCAGACGAUCUAAAAGUUGAAGUCUAUAAGCAGCUUGCUCAUACAUAUCUCAGAUUUGGAAUGCAUUUAGGGAAAUACGACACAACCAGUGCAGGUCAUGGACACAAGAGCAUCGUGGAGAACAUUCAUGCUUCUUCUUCUAAUGAAAAAAAAGAUGAAGUAUUGUCAGCAAGUGAUGCUAUAAGAGUUGCAUUGGCUUUAUACGAAUCACUCGAGGAAUUACGCAAACAGGAAGCUGCUUUCGCUUACCUUCAGUUAGCGCGGUAUCACAAAGAUUGCUGCUUGAGGUUUUUGGAGACAGAGCGUCAAGGAAGAAGCCCUUCUUCUAAACCUGAGACUAAUGUUGUACAGAGAGCUAAGCAAACCGAGUACACGGAGCUUUACGCGAGAUUCUGGGCUCAAUUGCAGAUGGUUCUUAAGCGAAUGUUGGCCUUAUCCUUACCAGCGGAAGGAGCAAACAAGUCUCAGACCUCAGGGAGAUCCGGAGAUUCUGGAAAGCUAAGAGAAUUGUAUAAAACAUCACUCAAGUCAACAAGCCUGAGCGACUUGAAUGCAAUGCAUGUCUUGUGGACAUCAUCUUCUUAA